UGUGCGGCAGUAGUGUUGUGCAGUGUGAGCUCUGCAGUGGCACUGCGUGUUACGCAUCAUCUGCACGACACGAUGAGUGCGCGAUGCGGCUUGGGCCUCGCCCCACUGCGCAGACCGUGCCGAAUCAGGCGGGGGAUCGCCCAUGGGCGUUUCUCCUCCACGCGCUUCCCCACUUUGCUGUCAAAAGCAACUUAUUGUAUCACCAAAAACACAAACCGCAUUACCCGAGCACACCAAUGCGCGCUGGUUUAGACUUCUGAACUCGCAGCACUGUCAUACAACACAGUUUUUGUUCGCGCUGAGCAAGUAUUGUAAUAUUUCUAUGCCCCGAUAGGUGAUUGAAAUGGGCGCGGGACUAGCAGGCGGCCGGCGCCAGCCCGCACCAGCCACGCGCGGCGCUGCAGUACUGCCCCCGCUCCCACCCCUGCUUUCGGCGCUGCUCCUGCUCCUCCUCCUUGCACCGCUAGCCUUCUCCAUUGGCACCUCGGGUGCCGACACAGCCACCUCCUCCAACUCCGAAGGGUCCAAACCGGCCCCGGCGCCGCCGCCUGUGUCGCUGCUGCUGCAUCUGACCGACGUGCAUCUGAGUGUCAUGCCGCCGCCCCCUGCCGGCGGUGGCGACCCCACCCGCGGCCCCGAUCUGAUAGUGCUGGCGGAGCAGCUUCUGGCCAGGUGGCCGCUGGCGGGCGCGGUGGUGACGGGCGACCUCACCGAGGCCAAGGACGUGCGGGGGCGGGGGCGGCAGUACCCCGCGGAGUGGGAGGAGUGGCGGGGCCUGUGGCGCGCGCUCAUCGCCCGCGGGGGGCUGCCAGCGGGCAGUGUGUUUGACACGCGUGGCAACCAUGACACAUUCAAUUCAGGCAGCAGGUGUGGGCCCCGCGACUACUUCUGCCGCUACAGCGCGCGCGCCGCAGCAGCUGCUAAAGCAGGCAACGCCAGCGGCGCCGCGGCGGUGGGGCCGGCGGGGCGCGUGUUCAUUGACUUUGUGUUUGACCCUGCGCCGGCGCGUCGUGCGGCCGGUGAUGACGUGGAUGCAUCUGCCAGCGGUGACGACACCAGCAGUGCCAGCACCAGCGGCGGAGGUGCCAGCGUUAGCGGCGGCGUUAGCGGCGGCGGCGUUAGCGGCGGCGGCGGCUGCCCUGCGGCUGUGCUCGUGGGUGUGGAUGCGUCUCUGGACCCUGGACUGAGAGGCCCCACCAACUUCUUAGGCGUCAUCCAUCCCGAGGUCCUGGACGAGCUGGACGUGCGGUUAACCGCAACUACCACCCAACUGUCGGCAGUUACGGUUGGUCAAACCGCUAACGGCGGCGCCGGCGGCUCCCCCUGCUCGCCGCCGUACAUCGCGUACGGGCACUACCCGCUUUCGACCGUCGGCUACCCAUUGAGCCUUUGGCCUUCCCGGCGCCGGCGGCAGCAGGAGGGGGGCGGCAGUCCAAAGGUCGGGUGGGGUGGCGGCUGCUGCGGCAACGUGCAGGAGGUACUGCUGAAGCACGGAGUCAGCGCCUACCUGUCAGGCCACCUCCACGGCGCAUUCGGCCGCCGCCUGCACCGCCUGCACGCCGCCCCCUCCUGCGAUGGCAGCAGCGGCAGUAGCAGCGGCAGCAGAAGCGGCAGUAGCAGUCGGGGCUCCGCCUGUCACAUGCUGGAGCUGGAGAGUGUGGACUGGAAGUACGGCAGGACUGUGCGGCUGCUGACGUUGGACCGGGCGGCGGCGGGCGCGGUGGCAUCGGGCUCUGGCUCCGGCGGCGCUGUGGGGUUCGCCGACUUCGUCUACCACCCACCCCGUGCCAUACCCCACACGCCUCCCACCCCUCCUUCUGCUCCCCCUCCCCCUCCGGCCCCCCUGGAGCCCUUCGACGGCACGCGCAUCGUCGGCUCCCACCUGCUACUGCUGACCUGUCCCCCGGACGCGCGCUACAGCCCCCAGCUGUGGCCCGCGGCGGCUGUAGCAGCGGCCGGCAGGCCGGGAGCGGCUGUAGCGGCUGGCGUGUUGGGCGGGCGGGGCGAUCGCGAGGCUGUAGCAGCAGGCUCUGUUGGGGCUCAGGAGGCAGUCAAGGCUGGCGAGCUGACGGCGGCGGCGGCGGCGCCGCCUCGUGCUGCGGCUGUUGCCGGCGGCGGCGCAUCGGCGUCACUUGUGCGUGUGCUGGUGCUGCGCGUGGGCCAGGGCGCGGCCGCCCGCCCCGGCGCCCCCGUGUACCUGCGCUGGAGCUGCGUGGUGACCGGCGAGGCGGCGGAGCGAUUCCGGUCACAGGCACCGGCAGUAGCAGCAGCGGGGGCGGAGGCGGCAGUAGCAGGAGACAGCAGCGGCAGUGGCAGUAGCAGCGGCCGUAGGAACCCGAUGUCACACCGCCGCCGGCUGUCGGGGCGACUGCAGAUGGCACUGGAGUCGCUGACGGCUUCACACAGCACGUACAUCGUGGAUUUGCUGAGCGAGGACAGGAAAGGCCCCGGCGGCCCUUCAGCGUCCUCGCCGCCGCCGCCGCCGCACACCGGCCCCGUCGUGCCGCACCCCCGGGACUGCCCGGCCGGCACCAUCACCAUCCAGGCCCACACUGGUACCGGCAGUAGCAGCCGAAUCGACAUCGGCAGCAGUAGCAGCAACGGCAGUAGCACCGGUAGCAUCGGCGGCGGCGGCGGUGCUGCCGGUGCUACUGCCGGUGCUACUGCCAUCGCCGAGGAGCCCUUCGCCUCCUCUGAGGAGCGCCCCAUUCACUGGCAGCCGCCGCUACAGCCGCCGGCUCAAGCUUCCGUGACACACCACCGCCAGCUGCUACAGCCUCAACAACAGCAGCAGCAGCAACAGCAGCAGCAGCAGCAGGAACUGGUGCUACAGCCGGCGCCGCUGCCUGUCACCACCCUGGAGUGGCUGGUGCUGGGGGUGCAAUGGCAUGGGCUGGGGGUGGCGGCGAUGUUCGCGCAGUGGGCUCUGCUGAUGAAGCUGCUCACGGCGCCGGGCUUAGCAGCUCUGGCACUGGCGGGGCGACUGCCCUGGCAGCAGCAGCAGCAGCAGCAGCAGCAGCAGCAGCAGCAGCAGCAGCAGCAGCAGCAGCAGCAGCACGGCUCCGGCGGCAGUAGCAGUAGCAACGGCGGCAGUAGCGGAGUUGGGAGUUGGCGGCGGCGGCUGCAGCAGGGCUGGCGGCACCUGUGCGGUGUUGGUGUUGGUGUCGGCGGCGGCGGCUACGAGCAACUUGCCACGGAGGGGGGCUCCCGACACCACCAGGCUCCAGGGGCCGGAGCCGGCGGUGACGCUACUGCCGGGGCAGCAGGGGCGGCAGUAGCAGCGGCGGGUGUGAGGGAUGCGGGGCGGGCGCAGGACCUGGCGGGCGUGUGUGUCUUGAACACGUCAGCUAGCUACAGCGCUCUGCCGGGCGCGGCUGUAGCAGCAGCUGGGGGCGGCGGCGCCGCCGCAGGGGGCGCAGGAGGCGGCGGCGCGCUCGGGGUCGCGACGGGCGCGAUCAAGCGGAGUAGCAGCGGCAGCAGCGGCAGUAGCACAGCCGCCGGAGGUGGCGCCGGAGGUGGCGGCUGUAGCAGCAGCACUGGCUGGGCCCCUGUGGGCGGCUCGCCACUGCGGCGGGGCGGCGGCGAGGCACGUGCAGGAGCACACAUGGCAGUAGCAGCGGCUGGGGCGGCUGGGGAAGCUGCGGCUGUAGCAGAACCGGGCGCGGUGAAAGGCGGCGGCGGCGGCGGCAGUAGCAGCGGCGGCCGCCACGGCGCUCGCGCGCCGCUGGCGAGUGUGCCGGGCCGGCGGCAGGGCUGCUGGCGGCGGCUGCGGUCGACGGCUGUAGCAGUCGUCAGCUUCCUGUGCCGCUGCUGGCCGCUGCGGGAGGUGGCGGCUGUAGCAACACACCACACGGUGGCGUGGCUGGUGCUGGUGGGCUUUGCGGCCUAUCUAGGGUUUGGCCCAUGGUUCUUCGGGCAGUUCGUGUUCCCAGAGGAGGAAGAUGGCGGCGGCGGCGGCGGAGGAGGAGGAGGAGGAGGAGCAAGCGACGGCGGGGGAGCCGGAGGCCAAGGGUCGGGUGGCUGGGGCGGCUGGGGUUUCGUGGCGGCGCAUGGCGUGUAUAUGUGGCCUCUCGCGGUCAUCAACGGCUCCGGAAGUAGCAGCGGUGGCAGCGGCGGUAGCAGCAGCGGUGGCAGUAGCAGCGGUGGCAGUAGCAGCAGUAGCCGGCCGUCUGGUGGUGGUCUGGUGGCGGCGCCGUCUCUGGACCACGCCAUUAUCGCCAAUGCGCUGUUCCUGUUGGGCGUCUGGCCUGUCGUACUCCUAGCGGCUUCGGUGGCGGGCCGCUGGCGGCGCCUGGCUGCCGCGUACGAGCAGGAAGAGGCGGCGGCGGCGGCGGCGGCGGCGGGGGGUAGAGGCGUCCGGGGAGGCGGGAGCGGAGGUGCUGGUGCGGGGGCCGCCGGUGCUGGCGCAAGCGAGCGGCUGGGGAGGCGGCACCCGCUGCGGUCCGCGUGGGCGCUGCUGUCGGUGCCGCAGGCUGUGGCGCUGGCGCUAGUGGCGGCGGUGAAUGCGGCGCUAGGGUACAAGGUGUGGAGCGGACUGGGGUGGCCAGGGCUGGCGGCGCCCUCGCCGGCACUGGGGUGGCUGCUGCCUGCGGCGGGGCUGUGGCUGGCGUGGGUGUGGCGGCGGGAGGUGGGCGGCGGGGGGCGGGGGGCGGCGGCGCGGCAGGCGGCGGCGGCGGUGCGGCAGGCGGCGGCGGCGGCGCAGGCGGGUGCGGCUGCGGGGGGAGGACACGUCGCUUAGGAGGAGGCAGGCGGGGGAUGGAGGUGUUGGGACUUGGGGCGAUGAGCUCGUGGUACCGAAUGUGGCAGCGCGGGAGUGAUGUGCAUUUGCGAAUGCGGCGUGCGGAUGCCUCAAAGCUGAACUGCUCAAUGAAUGGACGACUGCUCGACGAUAGACACUGUGCGAGACUGCGAGUACUGUUUUCAGUGCUUUGACUGGCGUACUGGCCAACUGCUAAUGUUCG